AUGCAGAAACAAUUCAAUCACAUUAUUCACACCCUCUUUAUCCUACUCUCCAUAAUCACAGUUGGUUUUGCAAUAAACCAUGAAGAAGAGAAAAACCAAAACCCAUUCACUCCAAAAGCAUUCGUAAUUCGCUAUUGGGACAGAGUGAUAAAAAACAAGUUACCAAAACCAUCCUUCAUCCUCUCCAAAACAUCCCCACUCACCGCCACCGAAGCCGCUGCAUUCGCCAAACACGCGGCCGCCAACACUCUAUCCACAAAGCUACCAGAAUUCUGCUCCGCCGCACAUCUCUUCUGCCUCCCAGACAUAAACCCCAGCCUCAAGAAACAAUACCCAUUCGACCCCACCCAUUUCGCCGUCUACAACGUCGACCAGAAUUUCACCACCUACACCUUCGGCGAGAAUUUCACCACCUACGGAACACAUAAAACCGACGGAAUCGACGCGUUCAAAAACUACUCCAUCGGUCUAUUCAGCGCCGAGCACAAUGAGUUCAAAAGAUACAGCAAAAGCUCCGCCAAUCACAACGACAGUUUCAAAACCUAUGCUAUCAACACCAACGCCGCGGUGGAAGACUUCAACAACUACGGAACCAGUUCCGUCGCUGGAUCUGGCGAAUUCAAAACCUACAACACUCCAGACAGCAACGUACCUAACCUAAAAUUCAACAUUUACACCGCCGACACCGUCGGAAGAGAACAAACAUUCAAAACCUACAGCGACUCCAGCAACGCCGGUAACCAGAGUUUCACUAACUACGGCAAAAACUCCCUCCACGCCGUUAACGAUUUCACCUCCUACGCAACCGACUCUAACGUCUUCAAAUCCGAAUUCUCUGCUUAUUCUGAAAAAGGAACAAGCAAUGAAGAUUCCUUCACCAGCUACGGUAAGCGCUUGAACAACCCUGACAAUAAUUUCAAGAAUUACGGUAAGGGAAGUACAAGCGGUACCGAGAAAUUCACAAAUUACAGAGACCAAGCUAAUGCUGGUGGCGAUUCGUUCACUUCGUACGGUGAGAGUUCACGCGGUGGGAUCCACGUUGGUUUCAAUAGCUACGGACGAAGACCAGGUUUCCCGAAAUUCCCAGGAUUUGAUAGUUUUACAGGCUACGCUAAAGGAGCAGAUUUAGAUCAUAAGGUUACUUUCAUAACUUACGGUGUUAAUAACACUUUCAAAGAUUACGAUAAAAAAGGUAUUUCCUUUGCUAAAUACAAUAACACUAACUCUGCUUCGGUUAGUGGUAGUUUGGUUAAGAACUUAGUUCAACCGGGUAAGUUUUUCCGAGAAAUGAUGUUGAAGGAAGGGACUAUUAUGCCUAUGCCGGAUAUAAGAGAUAAAUUACCAGCAAGGUCGUUUUUGCCUCGUUCCAUUUUACCCAAGUUGAAUGAAAUGAAGCAAGUUUUUCAGGUGUCUGAGAAUUCGCCAAUGAAGAAGAUAAUAGUUGAUGCACUCAAUGAGUGUGAGAGGGCGCCCAGUAUGGGCGAGACGAAGCGUUGUGUCGGUUCACUUGAGGAUAUGAUCGACUUUGCAACUUCGGUUUUGGGCCGUGAUGUUACUGUUCGAUCGACUGAGAAUGUGAAUGGGUGGGGUAAAAAUGUUAUGGUUGGUAAGGUUAAAGGGAUAAAUGGUGGGAAAGUAACUGAAUCGGUGUCGUGUCACCAAAGUUUGUUUCCUUCUUUGUUGUACUACUGUCAUUCGGUUCCAAAGGUUCGAGUUUAUGAAGCGGAUCUUUUGGACUCGGACUCUGAGGUUAAGAUUAAUCAUGGUGUUGCUAUUUGUCAUUUGGAUACAACUGCUUGGAGCCCUAGCCAUGGUGCAUUCAUGGCUCUUGGAUCUGGUCCGGGUAGGAUUGAAGUUUGUCACUGGAUCUUUGAAAAUGAUAUGACUUGGACUACUGCUGACUCAAGUAGUAACAAUCUUUACCAUUAA